AAAAAGAAGAAAAAGAAGAAGAAGAAGAAAAAGAAGAAGAAGAAGAAGACGUUCGUAUUUCCGCGAAGCCGCUGCUGAAACUUCAGACUUUAUUAAAAGUGUCAAAUCUCCGAACUGAUCCAGAUUGAGGCGGGCUCAUCCGGGACUCAGCAGGACUUUCCAUCCGGACUCGGUCAGUGACGCUGCUUUUCUUUCUGUUUCUUCUCAGGCGAACAUGUUUUUGCUGAAGACUUCUCCUCUGCUACCUCUCAGAGCUUUCUGCUCCAAGACUUUACCCACUCUGACUCUGUUUACCAAGGAUCCAUGUCCACUGUGUGAUGAUGCCAAACAGGUUCUGGAGCCGCUGAGACACAGAUUUGUCUUUGAGCAGGUGGACAUCAGUUGUCCAGAAAACAGGGUGUGGUGGGACCGCUACAGGUGGGACAUCCCUGUGUUCCACCUGAACGGCCGCUGGGUCAUGAAACACCGAGUGGACCUGGACCUGUUGGACCGCCUGCUGAGGGACGCAGAGACGCAACACACGUGAAGACUGCCUCUGGGUCUUAGGGCUGGACCUGGACCUGUCCAAUAAUCAAUAUAAAAGCUUCAGUCAAAUAAUUAAUAUUAAAGCUUCAGUCCAUCAGUC